CCGGUCUGCUUCUACCGGCUUGGGAUUCAGUUUCAUCUAGCCAUCUAUCCAUCUUUCCGAAGGGCCAUACACACUCACUGUUGAGUUAACCAGAACCAAAAUGUUCGACUCAAAGAUUAGGGUGCCCAAGUACGACUCGGAGGCGUUCGACAAUGUCGAGUACGAGCUGCAGAUGACGUACACUUUGGAGACGGAUCGCCGGAUCAUGAGCUUCUACGAUGCGAUGUGGGGCAUGGAGGUGUCCGGCGGCAUUGACCAGUUCGAGCCGCUGACUAUACUAAAUGUUUCCCCCACCGGAUUGGCCAAAAGGGGAGGAAUGCGGGUGGGCGACGAGAUCACUCAGAUCAACGAUGUGCCUGCCUUGGAGAUGACCUUCAAUGAAGCCCUGCAAAUGUUCCGCAAGAACUCGCAUUACGUUCGCGUUUAUGUGAGGGGCGAUGACGAUGCGCCUGGCGAGGAGGACUGGACCUGCGAUUGCUGGUUCAAGCCCAGGAAGCCCUGGCGUCGCGAUUUCACACCCAUUCAGUGGACCUUCCCCUGGAACGAUCGUCGCAAGCCCGUGUACAAGGAGUCCAACUGCUUCAUGGUGCCCAGCAAAAUGGAGGAGAAGAUUCGGGCCAGGCGUGCCGCCACCUCGGCUGUUCACAAAAAGGAGGAACUGGCUCCACACACCCGCUCCCUGACGCCCACGCCCAGGCCCAAGAAUCAGCCGGGUCCCAAUCUUCUGGAGACUGUGCUCCGACCACGAGGACCUCCGCCAAGGGAUUAGGAAAGCGAUCCGUUGCAGAUAAAACUGGCAAAGUCACAAGCAGAUGCAGGCAGCGUCUUAUCCGCUGCAGUACAUCCGGAUUGAGGACCUUUAGGGAUUAUGCAAAAGUAGGCAGACUGCUGUAUAGUAGAAGUGCCUUACAAAAACCUGUGAAACGGUUUUGAAGAUUGUUCUCACAAGGACAGUGUCUUAAUCCUGCCCAGAAACAAACAAUUUACUCAAUUUAUGGAGAAAAGAAUGCAUUGCUUAGAGAGUAUCUAAAACAUAGAUGGCAGGCAUCUGUGCAAACAGUUGAAGUGCCAACUUAAACUAUGAGCUGAGAUUUUGAAGAGAUCAAAAUGCAACCGUACAAAAAGUAUACAACAACUGAUAAGAAUUUCCUGAUUAUUCUACAAGGAAUACUGUCGAAAUGUUAACUGUUUACUAGAUGUUAAAAAAGUAUCAAAUAAAUAUAUAUAACCACUGA